UUGGCUUAAGCGGGGAGUCGUCCACCAGUGCCAGCUUCCGACGCCGUGAGCUCCCACCAUGGAGUCGUAACAAGGGGUAGGACGUUCUCCUUUGCCAUGUCAGCUGUCUAACGUCAGCGGGUAAACCGGUCGAGUGGGGUCGGAGGGCAGUGCGGAGGACCUGCCGCUGACUCCGCCAUGGACUUCCACCGUCACUUCGCCCUCCAGCACGCCACUUUCAGCGACUACUGCAGGCGUGCGGGGCUCGCCAGCGCAGGGGUGCGGAGGAAAGGCUCGCUGUCUCCCUGCUCGUCCUUGGACUCGGAGAGCUCUUCCUCUCCGCCCGGCUGCUCGCCGCAUUUAACCGUCGCCGAGGAGGCGAGUCGCUUUCUCCGCUACGGCGAGCGCGCGCUCGGCGUGAGGCAGCGUUGCCGCUGCGUGCCUCACUCCGGAGGCCACACCCCCGCGCGCUCCAUGCAUCCACCCGGGAGCCACGGCCGUCCGAGGAAGCACCUGAACCGGGCCAACACUUCCCCGUCCCUGGGCUGCAAUGUGCACCGCGGCGACUGCUCCUGCGGCCUGUGGAAGACGCGGCGCUACAGCUCCGGCAUCAAUGGGCUGCAUGAAGAAAUUGUGGACUUCUUCAACUUCAUGUCGCCCAAGCCGGAAGAGGAGGCCAUGAGGAGGGAUGUGGUGAACCGGAUUGAGGGCGUCAUCAAGGACCUGUGGCCCACAGCUCAGGUGGAAAUAUUUGGCAGCUUCAGCACAGGACUCUAUCUCCCAACAAGUGACAUUGACCUGGUGGUGUUUGGGAAGUGGGAGCACCCGCCCCUGCAGGAGCUGGAGCAGGCCCUGAAGAGGCACAACAUGUCCGGGCCCUACCCCAUCAAAGUCCUGGACAAAGCCACUGUGCCCAUCAUUAAGCUCACGGACCAUGAAACGGAGGUGAAGGUGGACAUCAGCUUCAACGUGGAGACGGCCGUCAAAGCGGCUCAGUUCAUAAAGAGCUAUCUGAAGAAGUAUCCGGUUCUUCCACCCUUGAUCUUUGUUCUGAAGCAGUUCCUGCUUCAGAGGGACCUGAAUCAAGUCUUCACCGGCGGCAUCGGCUCCUACAGUCUGAUCCUCAUGGCCCUCAGUUUCCUACAGCUGCAUCCUCGCAUUGACACCCGGCGCGCCAACAUCAACCUGGGGAUUCUCCUCAUUGAGUUCUUUGAGCUGUACGGCCGGCGUUUUAACUACGGCAAGACCGGCAUCCGCGUGGACGGAGGGGCGUACCUGUGCAAGGAGCAGCUGCUGCUGGGCACGGGGAGCGGGAGCCGGCCGUCGAUGCUCUGCAUCCAGGAUCCCAUACAGCCAGCCAACGACGUGGGACGGGGUUCCUAUGGCAUCCUGCAGGUCAAGCAGGUGUUUGACUUGGCUUACAUGGUGCUGAGUCACGGGGUCUCGCCCCAGGCCCGGGCCUACCCCGACAAAGACCACGACAGCACGUUGGGGCGCAUCAUCAAGGUGAGCCCGGAGGUCCUGGCCUACAGAGACUGGACCAUCAGGAAGUGGGGGGCGCGGCAGUACGCCAAGCUCCUCAAUCACGAUGUGGGGAGCUGCAUGCGGGACCUGGCGCGACUGAUGCUGAUCUCCGUGGAGAAGCAGAGGGAGGCGUCCUCACCAGCGAGUGCCGACUCCGCCUCCUCUCCCGUCUUCCUCAGCAGUCCUCGGCACCAUUCCUCGUCGCCGUGCUCCCUGUCCUCCUCAGGAAGCGACGUCCUGGACUCCGAUUCUCCACCGAGCAGUCACCUGUCCUUCCACCUUCAUCCACUGCCUGUGAGCCCCGUCCACCCGCUCGUCCAGUUGGCCGCCGACGUACGAGCCGCGCAUCCAGCAGGCCUCUUGCAAGGCAGCCCUCAGGUGUGUGACCCACCACCGCUGACGAGGCAGGGUCCCACAGCCGUCUGUGUUCCAGGUCCAGCUGCCUCUCUCGGAGAGCCUGCUGAUGCCUGCGCUGUCCGAGUGCCACUUUUACCAGGAGAAUCCUCCGAACGUCAGCGUGGAGCACGGCACCUGCAGCAGCCCUCUGCUGAGCCCCCUACACCACCACCACCCCCCAAGAGAGGAACACCAAGGCGAGCCGCACAAGUUCGGCUCCAAGCCCAACCAGGGACUCCGGCUUCAGAAGCCAUCUCAAGGCAGCUCCAGUCCCGGCAGGCGGUGCGCCGCUCAGGGUCAGCACGCCGCUCCGGCGUCGAAGAACCAGCCCCAGUCCGGCCGUGGCUCCUGGCGGCGCAGGAGGAAGGAGAACAUCCCCAUGUGAGUGGAGCGGUCCCAGCCGGUCGGAGAUUCCGGGGGAGGGAUUUGAAAGUUGUCGGCGGGACUUCCGGCGCCUUGACUGAAGCGCUACCUUCCUACCUGUGCGGCACAUUGCUGACUCCACAUCCAAGUGCGAUGGCACAAUCGGGCCUUGCUUCAACUGUGACCUGUCUGAAUGUAUAUCCUUUUGUGUGUUGACUUUUCUUUUUGUCACUGAAGGACUUGAUCCACACAUGGCACCUUAUUUCAGUCCUCUCUCUUUGGUUCGCUCCUACUCAGUCUGUGCAAUAGGUGGCUUUUAACAGGUGCUGCACCUGCCAUGUACUACUACUGCCAAAAACCUUCUGAUGCGUCAUUGUGGUCACUUCAUUCCGCCUGUUGUCCACCGCCCUUCUUUUUUGAGUUGUCCUAAUGGGCUUUGUUGGGAUCGUUGCGCUUGUUUUAACGGUUUUAUUUCAGAGCUGUUUGGUGCUACUUGUAACCAGCAAAGUGCUUUUAAAUGACCAAACUUUCCUGACGCUUUUGCGUGUUCCUGGAGGAAGCACUGCCAGAUGUGCCGCGCGGCCCGUGCUUGUUAGAAACGUGCUGCCCGUUUUAACGCAGCAAUAGCUUGAAUAUCCUCCCCAAGGGAUUCAUUGAAACGUCCCGUCUUUCCAUCGCACACCUCCUUAAACCCCAAACCACUAUAUGACUUGCAGUGCAAUCGCUUGCUGACCCGGCACUGAAGGGUGGACUGCCACAUGGACCUAUUCCUUGUUUUUUAAUCUGAGUUUUUCUCAUUUUUUUAAAUAAAUAUUUUAAAACCCCUGUGCUUGUUUGUACUUG